AUGGCCCCCUCUCUUUUACGCGCCGUGACUGUCGCCGUCUGCGGAGCUUCUUUCCUUGAAUCUGUAUCCGCUGGCAUUUCGCCUGGAUUUAAUUAUGGUUCAGACAAAGUACGUGGAGUCAACCUUGGUGGAUGGCUCGUCCUUGAACCUUGGAUUACCCCAUCACUUUUCGAUAAUACAGGUAACUCUGCCAUCAUCGAUGAAUACACAUUCGGGCAGUACCAGGACAAGGCCACCGCGACCACCGUGUUGACCAAUCACUGGAACACUUGGAUUACUGAAUCCGAUUUUCAGCAAAUUGCGGCUGCGGGCUUGAACCACGUUCGCAUUCCUAUCGGCUACUGGGCAUUCGACGUCUCCGGCGGCGAACCGUUCAUACAGGGACAACUUCCAUACCUGCAAAAGGCGAUAAGUUGGGCUCAAACCUAUGGCCUUAAGGUCAUUGUUGAUCUUCAUGGAGCGCCUGGGAGCCAGAACGGCUUCGACAACUCUGGGCAGAAGAUGUCGUAUCCUGAAUGGCAGUCGACCCAAUCAAACAUCGACCGUACAAAUGCCAUCAUCAAGACUCUGGCUUCAAUGUUUGCAGAUCAAACUAACGUAGUACCGAUUAUUGCACCGUUGAACGAACCAGCCGGAUAUGAUGGUGACACAAUCUUGAGUGUUACAAGACAGUACUGGUAUGAUAGUUACGGCAACAUUCGAUACCCUUAUGGCUCUUCAACAGAAUCGAACACUGUUGUUCUGAUCCAUGAUGCUUUCCAAGACCUUAGCUAUUGGAACGGCUUCAUGACCUCUGGCUUCGAUGGAGUGGCUAUGGACACACACAUUUAUCAGAUGUUCUCUGAUGCGGACGUGGCAUUGAGCUACGACGGGCAUAUUUCGGCUGCAUGCCAAGAAGGCAGUUCGCUGUCAUCCUUUGAUCUCUGGAUUAUCGUGGGUGAAUGGACGCCAGCUCCCACUGAUUGUGCGACGUACCUGAAUGGAAAGUUUUUCCUUGUCUCCGUUUCUUCUGUCAAAGUGAGCUUCUUGACAGGACGUGGCGUCGGCGCGCGCUAUGAUGGAACUUAUUCUGGAGAAACACCUGUGGGCAGCUGCAGCGGAAAAUCAGGCUCUGCGUCCUCCUUCAGUUCUUCCUAUAAGACAUUCUUGAGGCAGUACUGGGAAGCUCAAGUCAUUACAUACGAGAAGGGAGAGGGAUGGAUUCAGUGGACAUGGAAGGCCGAGAAUGCGGAUGAUUGGAGUUACCAGGCCGGUCUUGCAAACGGUUGGAUCCCCCAAGACCCUACAGACCUCUUAUACCCUUCUAUCUGUGGAUAG